GCUGAUGACGAAUUAUAUUAAGUGUUAAUAUCGAAUGUAGCGCGUAUUUAUGUAAUAGUGGUUUCUAAAUGGACUGUUUAUUUCACAUAUUUCUUACCUAAUGUUACAAUUUGCAUUCAUUUUAAUAUAUCGGGUUACGCAGACGUAUGUAUUGCUCAGGUAGACUAAGUAUACAAACUGUCAACGUAAUAUAAAGAUUUCACCUGAAACCCCAGCCAGCGCACUGUUCGCAGUGUCUUUACGCUCACUAUCUGCAGACACUCCUUCGUGGCGUCUGCACUUACGUGCCACAUUUCCAACCUGUAAAAGCAGCACAUCAGAACACAACACGGCGCGACGCUGUCCCCCGGAUUUAAAAGAAGCUUAAUUAAUAACUUAUUUUUCUGAUGGACCAUCAAACGGAGGUGAAUGUCGGCGGACCUCGGAUGAGACCUGUACAAGAACGAAGCGAUCAUACCGCUUUGGUGGUUGGAGAUUUUCUUUAUGUAUGGGGUGGUUAUAGGUCGAUUUCGGGGGAAGAAAUUUUCUUUCCUAGCGAUGAGAUCUGUAUAUAUGACAUGAGGAGCGGUGAAUGGCAGACUCGUCCGAUGGAGGGAGAUAUCCCACCGUCCUUGUCAGGAACCUGCGGCAGUUAUCUCAACGGCAGUAUGUACAUCUUUGGUGGGUGUAACGACAACGGGCAUUCAAAUCAGAUGUACUGUGUUAAUCUACUGGGUGAAAAGUACAUUUGGAAGAACUUUACAGAGGGUGUGGAGUCUCGCCCCACACCAAGGGACAAGCACUCUUGCUGGGUUUAUAAAGACAGUAUUAUCUAUUUUGGCGGUUAUGGAUGUAAGCAGAUCAGAGAUGUCCACCCCAACAGUUUCACUAUAGAUGAAGCGUCUUGGGCUGUGAUUGGGAAUGCACUGUUCAGGUUCUGGGGCUGGAACAAUGAAGUUCAUGUUUAUGAUCCCUGCAGCAACACCUGGACUGAGCCUCACACCACAGGUUCUUCCCCCACACCACGGGCUGCUCAUGCCAGUGCUACUCUAGGCAGCAGGGGAUAUGUCUGUGGAGGCAUGGAAAACAUGAUGAUGGACCUUCAUUAUCUGGAUUUGGAGUCCUGGACAUGGACAAAUAUAGUUUCCCAGUCAGCUGUGCCCCAGGGCCGGUCGUGGCACACCCUGACAGCAUUUUCGCCCAGUUCCCUCUUUCUCUUUGGUGGCCUGAACCUAUUCUGCGAACCCCUCAGUGAUGGCUGGGUGUUUGACCUCGAAACCGCAGAAUGGAGGCAGUUUCAACAUCCUCACCAGGAUAAGCCCAGGUUGUGGCACACAGCAUGCUUGGGACUGGACUCAGACGUUGUGAUAUUUGGUGGAAGUCGUGACUACAGGAUGCUAAUGGACACGAUAGCUGUCCUGAGAUUUCCAUCCUUGGGCCAUUGCAGUGACGUGCUUAUCUUCCAGACCCAACCCUACUCCCUUCUCAGGUUAUGUGAGGACUGCAUUGGAAAGAAUGCAGAAAUCUUAGAGAAGCAGCUGUCCAUACUUCCACUAAAACUCCUGGAACCCAUACAGAAGAGGAUUUCUUUCUUCAGGACAGCAGUGCAAACAGACAAGAAAAUUACAUGCACAUAACACUUACUCAGCAUGAAUUUGCACUGCAGAAUCACUGGGGAAAUGGAAGACCACAUGUAGAGGAUCUAAGUCUACUUUUAAAAAUUAUUUUACAACUGUAACUUAAAGACAGGAGUGGAUUUUGUGUUUAUUUUAUUGUUCUUAAACUGUUCCAUUUAAAGACAGAUUAAGAAACCAUGUGGAUUUUUUCACAUUUUCUAAGCCAGAGUCAAUGACACUGAUUGCUAACCCUUUAUAAACAUGGGUGACACUUUGCUUAUUGCCUGAGACAAAGAGGUUCUAGUAACUUACACAUUUGAAACUGCAACCUGUAAUAAAAUUGUACACUGUAUGGAAA